CUUUGGACGCGAUGCUAUCAUCCUCAUUCUAAAUUUGGUCUUCAUCUUGAAACAAACACCUCCGGGGAUCAUAAAAAGAUUUUGCUUGCAUAUGUAACCACACCACGUCAUGAAGGCCCUGAGGUAAAUAGAGAGAUGGCUGAGAAGGAUACAAAAGUUCUCUACAAAGCAGGGGAGAAGAGACUGGGAACCGAUGAGAAGACUUUUGUGCAAAUAUUCAGUGAAAGGAGUGCGGCACAUUUGGCUGCUAUAACUUCUUAUUACCAUAGCAUGUAUGGACACUCGUUGAAAAAGGCAGUAAAGAAGGAAACAUCAGGAAAUUUUGCUCUUGCACUUCUGACAAUAGUUCAAUGUGCUGAGAACCCUGCAAAAUAUUUUGCCAAGGUCUUACGCAAGGCAAUGAAAGGUUUGGGAACUGAUGACACAAAACUUAUAAGGGUGAUAUUAACAAGGGCUGAGAUUGAUUUACAGUAUAUCAAAGCUGAAUAUUUAAAGAAAUAAAAGAAGACGCUUAACGAUGUAGUUCACUUAGAAACAUCCGGCCACGACAGAGCUUUUCUUCUCUCACUCUUAGGUCCCAACCAGUAGUAAAAAAUGCCCAACGAUGUUCUGUGUGGAAUAAAUUCAGCGUAUGAUGUUGAAUACAUGAACAGUACCAAUAUUUUCUGUAUUGAUAUUGUAAAUUAGGUAGUGCGUGGUGCUAUGUAACUAAUAUGUCCACAAUUUGGUUUCAGCACGUAGUAUUUGAUUGUCAUCACAAUGCACGGAUUAGUUUGUGACGAGAAAUAUAAAGUUUACCAUACUUGUGUGAGACGAGAAUUAUAAAGAAUAAUUUAUUUAUUUUUACC